AUGUGUGGCAUAUUCGCCUGUCACUGUCAUCCAGACGUCAAAAAGUUCAAGCCGACUGCUCUUCGGCUCUCGAAGGCAAUUCGGCAUAGGGGACCUGACUGGAGCGGGAGUGUCAUCUCUAACAACACGAUACUUUGCCAUGAACGACUCAGCAUCGUCGGCACAGAGAGCGGAGCUCAGCCACUCACCAAUGCUGAUGAGAGCAUUAUCCUCGCCGUCAAUGGCGAGAUUUACAACCACCGUCUGAUCCGGAAGGGCCUGACGAACCCCUACCACUUCAAGACCACGUCGGAUUGUGAAGUCAUCAUCCCCCUGUAUAUGCAGUAUGGUAUCGAUGCGCCAAAAUACCUCGACGGCAUGUUCUCCUUCGUCCUCUACGACAAGAACCUCGAUCGCACCAUCGCCGCCAGAGACCCUAUCGGCAUCACCACCUUCUACCAAGGUUGGUCGUCCAAGGAACCCGGCACUGUGUACUUUGCCUCCGAGCUCAAAUCCCUGCACCCGGUCUGCGAUAAGAUCGAGGCUUUCCCCCCGGGCCACAUCUUCGACAGCAAGACCAACGAGAGGACACGGUACUUUGAACCCUCGUGGUGGGAUGGUUCGAAGACUCCCGACACCCCCCUGGACUUGAAGCUCCUCCGCGAGACCUUGGAGAGAUCUGUUCGGAAACGAUUGAUGGCCGAGGUCCCUUACGGUGUUCUGUUGUCCGGUGGCCUCGACUCGAGUCUGGUCGCCUCGAUUGCGCAGCGGGAAACCCUGCGGCUCCGGAAAUUGGCGGAAGCUGCCGGCGAGGACGCAGAGCAGAAGCCCGAAGAGCAGGACCGUGGCGAAGGCCUAGUGGGUAUCGAUGAUGACAACCAGCUGUCGACCAUGACCUUCCUCCCACAGCUCAACUCGUUCUCGAUCGGUCUCCCCGGGUCUCCCGACAACAAGGCCGCUCUCGAGGUUGCCAAGUUCCUCGGCACUAAGCACCACGUCAUGACUUUCACUAUCGAGGAUGGUCUCAACGCAUUGUCGGAUGUCAUCUACCACCUGGAGACGUACGACGUCACGACCAUCCGUGCUUCGACGCCCAUGUACCUCCUUUCGCGGAAGAUCAAGGCCAUGGGCAUCAAGAUGGUCCUGAGUGGCGAGGGUAGCGACGAGAUUUUCGGCGGCUACUUGUACUUCCACAACGCACCCGACAGGGCAGAAUUCCACGACGAGUGCGUCCGCCGAGUCAAGAACCUACAUCUUGCCGACUGUCUUCGGGCCAACAAGUCCACUUCCGCCUGGGGCUUGGAGGCACGUGUUCCCUUCUUGGAUAAGCGAUUCCUCGAGGUCGCCAUGGACAUUGACCCGAAGGAGAAGAUGAUCACCAAGGAGCGGAUCGAGAAGUACAUCCUGCGCAAGGCCUUCGACACGUCCGACGACCCAGACGCCGAGCCGUACCUGCCGGAGAAGAUUCUGUGGCGGCAGAAGGAGCAGUUCUCAGAUGGCGUCGGCUAUGGCUGGAUCGAUUCCCUGAAGGACCACGCCGAGAUCCACGUCACUGAUGAAAUGAUGAAGAACCCGAAGCCCGAGUGGGGCAGUGAUAUCCCCGACACCAAGGAAGCGUACUGGUACCGCUGCAUGUUUGACGAACACUUCCCGCCGUCAUGCGCUUCGACGGUCAUGAGGUGGACGCCCAAGUGGUCCGCGCAGACAGACCCCAGUGGCAGGUAUGAUUUUUACCACCUGUCUGCCGGAACCCUCGAGGUCAAGAGCAACACCCCCAACAAUGUUGCAUUCAAGGUGACCGGCAAGAGCAGCCACGACAAGGUCACCAGCGGAGCGACCUGGAACACUGCCAACGCUCUGGAGAGCAAGCUUGAGCUGGCCGACAGCCUGGCCAAGGGCCUGAAGGCCGAGGGUAUCUUCUCCUUCCUGCCCGCCGCCCAGGCUCGCGGUGCCAAGUUCAACUUGCACUUCAAGCAGCCCAACUUCCACGGUCGCGCCUUCUUCGACCUGCUCAAGGGCCCCACCGCCAACGUCGACGCCGUCAUCGGCCACGAGGGCUUCCUCGCCGGCGCCAGCGCCGGCUACGAUGUCCAGCAGGGCAAGGUGACCGGCUACAGCGCCGCCGUCGGCUACCUCGCCCCCACCUACACCGCUGCCGUCACUGCCACCGACAACCUCAGCGUCUUCGCUGCCAGCUACUACCACAAGGUCAACAGCCAGGUCGAGGCUGGCGCCAAGGCCACCUGGAACUCCAAGAGCGGAAGCACCGUCGGCCUCGAGGUUGCCAGCAAGUACCGCCUGGACCCCGUCUCCUUCGUCAAGGGCAAGAUCAACGACCGUGGUGUCGCCGCCGUUGCCUACAACGUCCUCCUCCGUGAGGGUGUCACCUUCGGCAUUGGCGCUUCCUUCGACACCCAGAAGCUCGACCAGGCCACCCACAAGGUCGGCACCAGCUUCACCUUCGAGUCCUAA